AUGGACGUCUCCGCAGACCACACAGUCGACCGAGAUACGCCCUCAUUCUCAUCCGUUUCCAGUCAUGCCCGCUCCGGAGCAGCAACAGCCCGCACCUACUACGACUCCCAUGACGCCGACACCUUCUACCGCACCAUCUGGGGCGGCUCCACCAUCAACAUCGGCCCCUACGACUCCCCCAACGAUCCCAUCCCCGCGGCGUCCCACCGCACAAUCGAACGCAUGGCCGCCCUCCUCGCGCCCAUAACCCGCGCAACGCGCAUCCUCGACCUGGGCUCCGGCUACGGCGGCGCCGCGCGCUACCUCGCCAGGACGUACGGGUGCAAUGUUUGCUGUGUGAACGUUAGCGAGGUGGAGAAUGAGCGGAGUAGGGAAAUGGUAGAGGAGGAGGGGUUGGGGCGGUUGGUCGGUGUGCGUGAGGGGUGUUUUGAGGAUUUGGGUUCGAUAUUGAAACGCCUGAAGCUUCAGAGUCUGGGCGAUGUGGAGUCUUAUAGGCGGUGGUUUGAGGAGGCUGGGUUUGUGGAUGUAGGGUUUGUCGAUUUGACUCGGGAUAUGGAGGUGCAUUAUGGGAGGGUUUUGAGGGAGAUGGAGAGCAGAGAAAGGGAAUUGAAGGGCGAUAUAUCGGAUGAUUAUGUGGGAAACAUGAAGGUUGGGUUGAGGAACUGGGUCGAGGGUGCUAGGAGUGGGAGGCUUUGUUGGGGUAUACUGCAAUUCCACCGAUGA